UCCCCUCGCUAGCUUGCCGCGGCUCGUUAGCAGCUGGUCGCCUCCACGGUUGCUAGAGACUCUCAUCUCCAACACUGACGUGAAAACACUGACGUCCUCCCGUUAGCAACACAGCGUGUGGACGGGCUCUCCGGACGCUAUGGUUACCGGCGCCCGUCUUCCGUCCCCGCGGCUCAGUACGCGGACAGUGCGCAGAGUCGUGGACGUGAAAUGUGGCUGUUGUAGCGAAGCCAGCGUCUCUUUUGUUGCCCCGUGUUUCUACUACUGCUGUUAGCAAGAGAGAGAGGGAGAGAGAGAGAGAGAGAGGGGGGGGGGAGACUCCGGACACCCGAGGUGAGCAGCGAGACUCCGGAAGAGACGAUGAGAGGAAAGAGACGAUGAGAGGAUCCCACGCAGAGAAAGUCAAGUUUUCAGACUUAACGUAACGAUGUUUGGUGCAGCCGGUAAAAUGUCUGUGGAGGCGAGUGACGUCCAGACUGAUGAAGACUGCGAGGAGCUGGAUGGCUUCGCAUUCUCGGCUGAUAUUUUGGAAAAGAUAAACAGCAGGAAAAGAUCUUCUAGGAAGCCUCCUCCUUCUCCAAAGUCUCCAUACCUCUCCAGCCUGAAUGUGAACCCCAGAAGAGUAGCAGUGGCAGCCUGGAGACUACCGAGGGCGUCCUUGGGGGACACCAGAGGGGAAGCUGCUGGGGACAGUGGCUCAGCUCGUCUCACAUCCCUCAGCAACGGUCAUGAUCUGUCUCCUACGCUGAGAUCGAUGUGUGACGUCACUCCAGAGCUUCUCAAACAGACCUUGAGCUCGAGGAAACACAAACAUCUCCACUCUGCAUCCAAUGGCUUCAGCACAGGUGAACACAAAGAGAAGGAGGACAUGUACGAUGAGAUUAUUCGCCUCAAGAAGAGUCUCCAGGCGCAGAAGUCUGACAAUCACCAAAUGAAAGCAAAACUGCGCCGCCUGGAGGAAGAUAACGCUAAAAGAGAGAAACAGAUAGAAGAACUGUUGGAUCCCACCAAAGGAUCUGAGUAUACUCGCAGUUUGGUGGAUAAGAAAAGAGAGGGCAGUGUGGUUCUCAACGGCCUGAAGCAGAGAAUUCUGAAGCUGGAGCAGCAGUGUAGAGAGAAAGAAAAUGCCCUGAGUAAACUGCAAAGUGACCUGAGGACCACCAACCUGGAGGAGCUGAAGAUCACAGUAGAAACCUACUUUGAAGAGAUCCAGAGACUACGGGUGCAUCUAGAGGCUGCAGAGAAAAGCAGUCGAGCAGAGAGUAAAUGCUCCCAGAGGCAGCAGAAAGCUUUAAGCUCCACGGUUCAUCGUCUGUCUGAAAACCUGAAGCAGCUUCAACAGGAGAACUCGGCUCUCAGAGAGGAGCUCAACACUGACAGUCCUGCUGGAGGAGUCAAAGGUUACAGAGAGUGGAGUAAGCAGAGGCUGUUGCGAAGGUUGUUGGAAGUGGAGAAGAGGCCGCAGGACAGCAGAGGACACACCCAGCCAGCGAACAGCAGCAACCGAUUGGAUCAGGAGGUCCAAGCCACGCCCACUGAUAUUCUGGGGUCUACCAUGGCAACAGAGGCAGUGGUCUCCGUGGGAACAAUGACUGAAGAGGAGGAGGAGUUUUCAGAUAUGAGAGAAAGCCUCAGCCAAUUGGAGAAGGAGAAGGUUGAGCUUCAAGAGAGUCUGAGAAGUAAAGAUGAUGAAGUGAAACAGUUGAGGACAGAAAGAGAAGAACUGGAGAAAGAAACAGAGCGAUGGAAAUCUGAACAAACACAUGAACGAGACAAAGACAGACAGCAGCAUCAACAGGAGUCGGAGCAGUUGUGGGUGAGGAUCCGAACUCUGGAGUCUGCCUUAGCUGAGCUUUCCUCUCCCUCUGCCACAACCGCAGUGGACCAGGACGACAGUACAUGCAGAUCUGGUCCAGAGGAGGGAGAUGAGACAGACACUGGAGGUAGAGAUGAAGAAAAGAGAGGGGAAAAAAGACAACAUAAAGAAAGAGAGACAGCAGCGAGGAUCAUCCAGACAAACUGGAGGGAGCACAGAAAUAGGGACACUGUGAUGUUGCAGUCAGCAUUAAGAGGUCAUCUCUUCAGAGAGUCACAGCUCAAGAACCCAGUGAAAGACACACAAGACAAGACUGUUGAAGCAACAAACCGCAGUCACGUAGCUUCCCCUGUAGGUGGAGAAAUGGAUGUGGUUGCCUUGACGAUGAUACAGUCUGCGUUCAGGGGACACCUGGCUCGCUGUAGUCUUGCAGUAGAGAGCUCUGGGUUCUCUGUGCCGUCUCCAGUGGGAAACCGGCUGCCCACGCUGGUCCCAAGAAGACCUCGAUCAAUACCCAGCAGAACGGGUGCUGCCUCCCUCCGUGACGAUGAAACAAAGCCGGGCGAGGAAGAAGACUCGUGGCCUGUCUCUAGCAUUCACGCCUCCAGGAUGACACCCACAACAGAGCUCCAUUGCACAGCAGAGUCUGGAGGAGCCGCUGCAGUUGAUUCGGACGAUUCUGAUGACAUCAUAGUGUCGCCCUCACGUCCUCUGAGAAGCAGAGAAGUCUUAAUCUUAUAGAGUCUGUGUGUAUGUGUGUGUGUGUGUGUGUGUGUGUGUGUGUGUGUGUGUGUGUGUGUGAGAGAGAGAGCGAGUGUGUGUGUUGGCACUACUCAGAGCCUAAAUGUUCUUACAGAACCUGCAAAUGAUCGCUGGAAUAUUCUAAUAUUAUUCAGGAUAAUAUUGAACAUAAACAAUAUUUGAUAAAUAAACGUUUCUAUAUAUUUUUCUUUGUCUGUAAGAUUUUCUCUCACAGUAAUAAUCAGAAUAUUCUGAGAAGUCGGAUCUUUUAUGAUUUAGAAACAAUCGGACGUCAUCACCUCACUUUGAUUAUGCUCUUAUUUACUGUUAAUAUAUAUUGAUACGUGCAGAGUGUCGACUGAACGAGCGUCCAGUUGACUGUUUCAGCACUUGUUCCACAAAGGUUCUGGGUUUUAUUGUCAAAGUGGAACAAAAGGAUUUCACAUUAACCAAUGUACUGAUUUAAAUGGAGGGAUCGGACCUGGUUGGGCGGAGGUAUGCACUGUUGAACGCCGUUCCAGUUUCGGAUCUGUCAAUGUUGUGAUUUAUCAUUUGAGCCAAAUAUUCUUAGCGGUUGUUUGUCUUUGCCAAAGUGCCUACUGCAUGAACAUUUCAAUUAAAAUCUCAGUGCUACCUGGAUUUAUGUCCGUGAUCCUGACCGACCGGUCCAGGUGAGCCACAUCGCCUGUAAUUCACACUUUCAAUAACUAAUGAAUCAUCAGUUGACGUGUCAGACAUGUACCAAACCAACUAAUCUGUCAUGUAUGCUAAUAAUCUGUGGCUGAUCCUGAGGGAUGAUGGAGGGAUGAUUGCCAACUGAUGCACUAUUGAGCGAAACUGUGAAUAAAUUAUAGAUCAGCCUGCUGCAAUACUAAACACACACAGUCAGAACAGGGGAGGAUACACAGGGAGUUUGUAUAAUGCUCUGAUCACCUGUAGGCUGGUCAGCAAAGAGAGAGCAGAGCUGCAGUUUCUACACGAUGUAUGUAACCCCAUUUUCUGACACGUUCAA